UCCACACGAGCGUGAAAGUUGUUUGAGUUGGCGUCAAUCAACAACGCAAGAAACUCCACCGUGACCACCUCAACUUAGUUGGUGAUCAGAAUAAGUUCCACUGCGAAUAAUUAUGAUGAUAUAUUGUUUACUAAGAAGACUCGUGAUAUGUAGUUUAUUAACUUACUGAGGUUGGACUGCUUCCUUCUUUGACAAAAGUGCUGCAAUUGCUCAGUAUCGUCACAAAGGAACUCUGCUGGCUGGCUAGCUAGCUAACUCGCACGAGCAAAGAAGAUCCACUUAACUAUUUCUUAGGCAUAGCCCAGUUAGAACACUAUUUAGCUAGCUACCCAUUAAAAACACGCACUGACUUGAAUAGUUAUCAACGUGAAGUAGCUAAGAUCUCAGAGGGAACAGGUAGCCGCUGUUUUAGCUUGAGUGAGACCUCCCCAGUCAAGUUCUAGAAGUUGGGUAUUCUAGCAUUUACCAGAAAUCCAACGAGAGCUAACUAAAACCUUGAGUUGCAGCGGUCUUGGGAAGAUGUCUUGCCGAAGCGGAGUCAGCCAGACCCGGGGAGACACUUCUGGUCCACAGCCUUUGAGAGCAACAGUUCCAUUCCAGCUGCACAGCAAAGCACAGACCAGCUUGAAAAAUGGCAAGUCCGAGAAGAAAACCAAAGCGCGACAGGUGACCCCUGGGAUGCGUCGGACACUCUCUCUGGAUGCCAUUGUGGGCCCCUACCUGCAGGGCCACUGGCCCAAAGAGCCCGAGGGCCAGGCAGGCCUCUGCAGGAAGAACCAAUCAACCCAGACGCCUGACUCGUGGUCAGACGAGGCUUCGAACGGGAAAGGCAGCGAAGGGCACAAACGCUCAGCAUCGUGGGGCAGUGCUGAGCACCUACAGGAGUUUGCCAAGCUGAAACACCUGCUGCAAAGGUCCGAAAAGGUCCGCCACCACUACCUUCAAGGCAGCUACUCCCCAGGCACCACACAGCCUAUCCCACCCACCCCCCUUUACAAGCUAACCCCUCGUCUGCGCCGCAGCGUGGAGGGCCUCAACCAGGAGUUGGAGGGCAUGUUCGUGUGCCAGCCGCCCCACCACCAGUGCUGGAUUCUGGAGGUUCCUGACGGCCACAGGGCUCCAGUUCCACCACUGAGCUGCAGCAGUGGCUCCCAGAGCGACCCCUCCACCACGCCCCUCUCCCCCACGCCCUCACCCUGCUCCUCUUUCUCCCCCUCUUCUGUAGAAGACCUACCUGUGAAUCAGGACCCAGGUGUGGCGGAGGGUGCAGAGCUGUGUCUCCUGUCAUCCCAGGGUGGGUGGGAGCCAUCCCCCUUGCUGCUCUCCUCCUCGCCCCGGCCCAACAAGAGCUACUGCUUCCAGAGGGAGCCCCCCGAGGGCUGCGAGAAGGUCCGCGUGUGUGAGGAGACCAGCUUUCCACACCUAGCCCAGUCCUCGCUCCUCUUCUCCUCCUGCCCCGACCCCAACAAGGUGAACUUCACCCCCCACGGCGUCUCUGCAUUCUGCCCGGUCAGCCUGCUCAAGCCCCUGCUCCCAUCCAUGGACCUGCUGUUCCGCGGCCUGGCUGUGGCCCCAGCCACGGGUUGCUCUGGCCAGGGUGCAGACCCCUACCAGGCCCCCUCGCCUGGGUACCUGGGGCCUCACCCCGACUCUGUAACCACUGCCAUGUAAAAGAGGCUACAUUAAAGGGGGAAAUGUCAAGGCAGCGGUAUGUUUUGAAAACUACAUUACACAUCAUGAGGACGUCUUGGUUACUCUCCCCAGCCUUUUUGAUUGUGGUCCCCCCAAAUUAAACACAAUGUUUCAAAGUGCUCGAGAAGACAGCCUUUUUACCAACCAUGCUCCAGUUUAGUAAGAGUUUACAAACUUGUUACUGUUGACCAAAAAUGUCAGGGAAUCUUUUUUGGACAGUAGUGGCUUCCAUUUUCAUUUCUCUUGUCUUCAUCAUAGCUUUUUUAAAGUGUCAUUGGCUGUGCUCUGACUCUUUUUUUCUUUUUUUUUUUUUACUUCUACAUGACACACCAGCUGACUUUUGGCCUUUAACCUUGGGUGCCAACCACAGUCGCUGCCACAUUGAAAGUGGUCUGAAAUGUAUUAGCUUGUGGACCAAUAGCCACUGAGAGGCAAACAUACUUUUAUAAAAGGAUCAAUUUAUUUGGUAAUUUUUGUUAGAAAAGAAAAUGUUUUAAAAAAAUAACAAGAAGAAGAAAUAGACAAUGUGUGAGGUUAUGUUAUUUGCUUGAAUCAGUCCCCAAGAUGACAUUUGCUUUUUUAGAACAGAUCGGUCCAUAAGGGUUUCGAAUCGGAACAUAAUUAGAUUUUCUAUGUUAGGAUGGUACAUAUAACACUGCGAGUCAUUGGCUUGUCAAUGGCUAUAGUCAUUUUUGCAACAAUUCUGAUCUUUUGUAUUAAUGUUCAUUAGUCCCUAUUUUAUGAUGCUCAAAAGACACUGCGUUGCUUCAACAUUUGGUAGGAUGGUGUAGGGUAGUCUUGUCACUUUGACCAAACUACUAACCGUCUUUUAUUCUCUGGAAGAACAAUGUUUCCCUAUGAUUUUUCUAGGGGACGAUGCUUCACCCCUCACUUUAUGCACAUUGAACUCUCGUUUUGGAUUUUAGGAGCCUGUUGGCCCACUUCUCUUUUAAUGGUGAUUCAGAUUUUCUCCCUCAUUGUAUGAAAGGUGUCUUGGGAAAGCUUGUACUCUUUGUAAAUGUAAUGUUCUGCUCUGGAUUAGUUUGUGUAUUGUAGGAAAAGGCUGCUGUCAAAUACCAGUUAAUUAUUUAAGUUAUUAGAAAAGGGGGCAAAUGUUCUUCACCAAAAUCUGGUUGCUUUUAGUAUUUAAAGAUAUUUAUAUAGAAUUUUCAAUUAUAAAAUAAACUUUUUUAACCUUAAAGUAACAUCCAUGACACACACAUGCAGAUGUUUUUUUUUUUUUCUCCCUUAACCAUCUUAGUGUUCUCAUACAAGGCGUGACAAAUCAGUUUGCCACAUUUGUGUUAAGUGGAACAUAGUGCUCGAUGAAUUAUAUUUUUCUUUCUUGCAUGCUUUUUAAUUAUUUUUCUAAUAGCCUAGUUUAUAUAGGUAAUAAGAUGAGUCUUGGUGACUAGUUUUCCUUUUUUCCCUGCUUUUCCUCGUGAUGGUGAAAGACAUUUAUAGAAGUUUGGUGCUAUUUCUGUUCAUGUUUAGUGCCUCUAUUUUUGUUUCAAAUAAGGCGAUUGUAUACAUGUUAAUCAGAGCAUAGCUCUUCUAGUUGUGUGUAUAUAUGUGUAUAGCUCCAUGAGGACUCUUACGACACUGACGACCUAUGUAGUGGUCUAGAGUCAUAAUCUGAUCUCAUUGGUAAAUGUUGAUCUUUUUCUUUUCUUUUUUUUUCUCUCUACCAAGGUUACAAGAUCAAGUUAAUUGAGAAUCUUUGCACAAAGUGACAGCUAUUUCUUUUCAUUUGCAAUUUUUAUUGUUUAUUUUGUACUUUAGAGUUACCUUGUUUUGGUGUAUGAAUGUAUUUUGGUAUAUUUUUCAGUUAUCUGCUACAUAAGCUAAAGAAGGUUCAAAAGUAUGUUUGGAUGUUCAUUUCAGUUCCCCACUCUGUCCGUUUUAUGUUAGGGGAUUGACAAGCAAAUUGUAUUUGGGGGAAUUAUUAUUUACUUCAAGGACAAGGUUUUAUGUGGCAGCUAUUUUAUGUUUGAACACAUUUCUGUGUAGUUAUAGUUGUUAUUAUUGAACUCGUUUUGAAUGUUUUGGGGGAAUUUCCCAGGUGUCAUCUUUUCUAUGGUUACAUCCCAAAUGGCACCCUCUUAUGAAAUAGGGUUCCAUUUGGGACAGAAGCCUAUGGUACCCCUACUUGGUUCUUAUACAGGUGAUUGACGAUAAGAGGUGGUCUUUAGAUUAUAGACCGGCCAGUGUAGACACUCUUUAUACACUGCCUAACCAUUGUACACUGCAAUUUGCCCACCUGUAACGCGCGCAGCGCACGCUUCCCAACAUGUUUGGUUCUCCCAUUAUUAAAACCGAUAUUUGGGGGUGAACGGAUCAUCUAGCGCAACAAUCGUGAUUGCUUUUAUGGCCAAGACGCUGAAAAGCCACCCGGCAUAAAUGGUAUGGUUUUUGAUCAAUCUAUUGAUGAAUUUGAAACGUGGUUUUGGAGUAGUGGCUGCUCCGCCACCCAUUUGUAAGCGCACUCCGAUUUUUCAUUUUAGGAGAUUCGUGUACUUUAAUGGCUGAAACAAUCCAGUAGCCUCAAUAAAGCCCAAUAAUUGUUGCUGUAUAGAUUUUUUUCGAUAGGCAUAUUGAUACUAGGCUAUAAUAAAUAAAUAAAUCGUUUCUUUACGUUGAGUUAAAAGUCAAAUAUUGGCCUACUGUAAGAAUGUAUACACGGCGAGCUCCCAUGGUUUUAUUGUUAACACAGACAGGUUCUGCAACCUGCGACGAUGACAAAAAUCUGGUAUGUUUGGUGCAUAAAUGAAGAAGCAGAUGUGCGCUUCACCCAGGUCUGUAAGAAUAAACAUAACAUAAAAAUA